AUGGCGGGAAAUAACAAGCGAGGCCUGGAUAUGCCAGAUGACAACUUUACCGAAAGCUUGCUCCCUUUGCACAAUGGGCCUUAUGUCACUCUUCAGGUUGGCAGCGAAGGGCGCAAGUACAAGGUCUCGCGGCCUCUCCUCUGCAAACAUUCGCCUUACUUCAGAGCGAUGUUCGAAAGCGGCUACAAAGAGAGCCAUGAGCAAGCGGUAACCAUGCACGAGAUCGAAGGCGUCGUUACAGAGCGCAGCCUCGAAAUGCUGCUCCAGUGGCUGUACCUUGGUCGCCUGCAUUUUCAAUCUUCGAGUCCAGAAGAGUGCAUCACUGUGUACAUUGAACUUGCUCGUCUUGCCGAUAUGUGUAACAUCACAGGGAUGGAACAAAUUCUGGCUAACAAAAUCAAGACCAUCAUUACCAGCUCUAUUCCCCAAAAUUCCCCAUCGUCUGUCGGAGGCGAAGACUCGAAGAUCCUCUAUUUGACACCUGACCAUAUUGAAUGGGCUUCGAUGCUACUGAAGGGUCAUCCCGUACGCUCCCUCAUUGCUGAGGCUUCGGCCGGUGCCUUCAUUCUCACGGAGAAUUUCAAGUUCGCCGACGAGCUUCGUGAAAUACCCAAUUAUACUGGUGAUCUGCUUGAUGAACUUAAGAGCUUGAUCAGAGGCCAGAUUCACGAUAAUAACGUCAUCAAUCACUACAAACUUACGUAUUGGAAAGAUGGUGAUUCUUGA